AGUCCUUCUACUUUGUCUCACAUCAAGUGGAAAGUGUUGUCACCUUUAUGUACUAUGCAUUAUGAUAUAAUAUAUUAUAUAUGAAGUAGUCAUUGUUGCUAAAUGUAAUAUUGGCUUUCCACCAAUUGGUUUUGCUUCAAUCAUGGCUUUCUCUUGCCAUUCUCCAUUAGCAUUGAAGAUUGAUCACUUGGGGCAGACUAUAAAACCUUGUGGUACAGUUAAGGGGCAAAAGUUUCCUUUCCCUAUCAGAAGCAAUGGUGCUGAGCUUGGACACUGCAACCAGAGUCAACUUAAUCAGAGAAGUAGAGUCAACUUUAUCAGAGACUGGAGUUUCAUUGGAGGAUCAAGAGUUGAUGUGAAACCAAAACCCAUGAGAUUGGUUCCUUUUCGAAAAGCCAAUCGUGUAUAUGCUUCAUGGUUAACAGGAUCCCAACUUGCUAGCAGUGCCUUUACAUUGGGAACAACAGCGGUGCUCCCAUUUUACACACUCAUGGUUCUAGCUCCAAAUUCUGAGCUAACUAAAAAGUCCAUGGAAAGUAGUGUACCAUAUGUAGUGCUUGGCGUUCUAUAUGCAUAUUUAUUGUACCUUUCUUGGACCCCUGAGACAGUUGCACUGAUUUUUGCAAGUAAAUACUUGCUACCAGAGCUGACUAGCAUAGGGAAAAUGUUCUCCAGUGAGAUGACUUUAGCCUCUGCCUGGAUUCACCUUUUGGUCAUUGAUCUCUUUGCUGCAAGGCAUGUUUUUCUAGAUGGACAAGAGAAUCAGAUUGAGACUAGGCAUUCAGUUUCUAUGUGCUUGUUCUUUUGUCCUAUUGGAGUUCUUACUCAUGUUAUCACCAAAGCAAUGACUAAAAGUGCCAGAAAAAACAAGCAUAGCUUAUAGAGGGCAGGCACCAGCUUGCAAUCCAAAGAAGCAAAAAAGAAUUUUAUUUAGUUUAAUAAUUUCAGAAAUACAUGUAAUUGUCAUUUCAAUUGUUUUCCCCUUAAUCAAAAUAUUUUAUUAUUAAUAGUAUUUUGUUCCAUCUCAAGUGGAUCAAUUAUCUCGACA